UCGUAACCCAUUUACUGUUCUGUUUUUUUCUUAAUCGUUGGGAUAAUUUUGGCAAAGGGUAUACCAAAGGGUUCUUUUCACUUGGUUCCAUACACUUGUGAACAAAAAGCAAGAAGACAAUUUCCUGAAUUUGGUGCAUGUUUGAUUUCAGAUGCAGUUCCUUCUCAUGCCGUGGUUCCCUUUCACCAAAGUGCCCGCUCCACUUGAGUACGUUCCAAUAUGUGAUGGAGUCUUUUCAUCAAGUAAGAAGCCCAAUAAGUCAUCAAGCUCCCUGUGCAUGUACGUUGGAUAUUGAUUAGCUAAUGUACGUUGCAUCCAGUGGGGUGGAGGGGGGACGUUCAGCUCUCCUCGGUCUCCAGUGUCUUUUUUUUCCCCUCCACCUCCCCGGUGUAUUCCAGUAUGGCGUCUGGGCUCGGCGUCAGCACAUUGCAGCAAAUCGUCACCUCAGGGCGGCUCGCAUAGGACAAAGUCAACGAACCGACAUCCAGUCGUGACGCGCUCGGCCCGGGCAGGCCGGCCCGGCCCGACCCAGGCUCGGAGCGGCUUCCGAUUGGACGGAGCGGCGAUCGGGGGCGGGCCCUCCAUCACCCCCGCCAUCCCUCCUCCGAGCCCGGCGUGAGGCGGCGGGGACGGCGGCGGUGGGCGGGGGUGGGCAGGAGGGGGGCUGGUGGAUGUUCGCCGAGCCGCCGCCACUGUCGCUCCGUCUCUCGCUCAGUGCGUCCUCCUCUUCUUCCUCCUCCUCCUCCUCCUCCUCCCGGUCGUGGUCGUCUCGCUCCCGCCGCUCGUCCAUCAUGGCUCUCAACAUCCCCGGCGUGAGCGUCAUGAUGUUCUUCUACCUUUUGGUGCUGGCCAUCGGCGUGUGGGCCUCCUUCAAGUCCAAGCGCGAGGCCAAGAAGGGCCACGGAGACCAGACGGAGAUGGCGCUGCUCGGCAACCGCGGCAUCAACCUGGCCGUCGGCAUCUUCACCAUGACGGCCACGUGGGUCGGUGGCGGGUUCAUCGUGGGCACCGCGGAGGCCGUGUAUAACCCGUCCAUGGGGCUGAUCUGGGCCGUCAUGCCCGUCACAGCCACCGUGUGCUUCAUCUUCGGCGGGCUGUUCUUCGCCGAGCCGAUGCGCAACAGCAAGUACGUGACCAUGAUGGACCCCUUCCACAUCAAGUACGGCAAAGUGGCCACGGCCGCCCUCUCCCUGGCCGCGCUCAUCUCCGAGAUUAUGUGGGUGACGGGCACGCUCAUAGGAUUAGGCGUGACCAUGAGCGUGAUCCUGGAUCUGUCGUACACGGUGAGCAUCUGGAUCUCGGCCGCCGUGGCCAUCACGUACACGCUGCUGGGCGGACUCUACUCGGUGGCCUACACCGACAUCAUCCAGCUCGUGCUCAUCUUCAUCAGCCUGUGGAUGUGCGUUCCCUUCGCACUGAUGAGCCCGGCCGUGACGGACAUCACCCAGACGGCGUACAACUACACUUUCCAGCCGCCCUGGGUCGGCACGCUGGAGGAGGAUCGAGUGUGGCGCUGGAUCGAUAACUUCUUAAUCCUGGGUUUGGGCAACCUGGGCCUUCAGAACUUCCACCAGAGGACUUUGUCUGCCGCCUCGUCCACCACGGCCAAGAUCACCUGUUUCGCCGCCGCCUUCAUCGUCCCCACGCUGGGAAUUCCUCCCAUCCUGCUGGGCGCGGCGGCCGCCUCCACAGACUGGAACAUGACGUCUUACGGUUCUCCGUCUCCAUUCGAGCGAGGUCAGACGGGCCUGGUGCUGCCCAUCGUGCUGCAGCACCUCACCCCUCAGUACAUCUCCAUCGUGGGCAUCGGAGCCGUGGCGGCCGCCGUCAUGUCGUCCACCGACUCGGCCUUGCUUUCCGCCGCCUCCAUCUUCACUUCUAACAUCUACAAGAACAUCCUCAGGACUCGGGCUUCCGAGCAGGAGCUGCAGUGGGUGAUCCGCGCCUCGGUGGUGGUGGUGGGCCUGGCGGGGACGUCGCUGACCUUCCUGGACAACAGCGUGCUGAUGAUCUGGAUGCUGCGCUCGGACCUGACCUACACGCUCAUGUUGCCGCAGCUGGUGUGCGUCCUAUUCUUCGCCGUGUCCAACGGUUACGGGGCCGUCCUGGGCUGCCUGAGCGGAAUGCUCUUCCGGGUCCUGUGCGGCGAGCCCGUGCUGGGCAUCCCCGCCGUGGUGCGCUUCCCGGGCGGCGCGCUGGUGGACGGCAUGUACGUGCAAAGCUGGCCCAUCCGCACCAUCUGCAUGCUGGCGGCGGUGGCGUCCAUUUUGUCCUUCUCCUUCCUGGCCUCGCUGCUUUUCCACAAAGGCGUCAUCCCCGAGAGGUGGGACUUUUUCCAAGUGCUGACGCGGGACUCGGACGAGACGCCGGACGGCUCCAAGUACGACAUCAAAGAGGACGACGUGAAGGAACAGAACGAGAGCAACGAAGUGUGCGAACCCAUGCUGGAAUCAACUUUUUAGAGGGCGUGACUUCGACAUUGAGACGCCACCCGUACGCAGUCGUUUAGGAACAAAACGUAUGCAAGUUUAGUAGUAUAGCACAGUAAUCCCCUGCUGUUCGUGGGCCAUC